AGCAGGGAAGGAGGGAAUUUUGGAAGUUGAAUGGAAUGUCAACUUCAAAUCAAAACAGUCAAAUCUCACUUUUUGUCCUCCUCUCGCUCUGUCUAGUGUCUACUUUUAUAUCUCAAUUUUGAUUGUAAUCUUCUUGCCUACUCUAAGGUUAAAAACUAAUUCGUUAAAACCUUAGGAAAACAUCACGUUUAACGUACCAAGAACACAAAGGAAAAAUGAUUUGCAGUUUAUCAGAUUUCCCACCUCUCCCUGAGAGUAAUCACUUACCAGUUUGUCUUACUGAAGGGAAAGUCCAAUACAGCGCCCCCAUGUUCACAAAUGUCCAUAUCUACACUACUGCUUUGUCAUCCCACCCUCACAUAGUGAUAACAAAUGAAAUGUUACAUCCUUCAAUGUCCAAAGAGGACGGUAGCAAAGUGUUCCUGCCAGUUUCACAAACUUUGUGGAAAAAACUCCAGCAUACCUGGUACGAGAAAGGAUUUGUCCCGAUGCUAGAAGUGGCUGCACAUCCGAGAGAAAACCAAGGCUUUAUAGUUUUAGAGUUUGUCGCCAAACAAAUGUUGGCCGCAAUACGCUUUGCUUCAACUCUUCAUAAUGUUGUUCCUGGGUAUAAGAAGAAGGUUAAGGAAGAUCUGAUGGUAUCUCAGAACCCCGUGUACAGUAGUAGCAACAUCCGGUGUCUGGCGUGGCAUCCCCACUGCACAAGACUGGCCGUGGCCGCUAGUGACGACUCUAUCAGGGUGUAUCUGGACAACUCACAGCUGACUCCGUUGCUCAAGUGUCGGGGACAGCGCUUCGUCUCCUGUCUCGCCUGGAGACCACUGUGUGGGUCGGAGCUGGCAGUUGGCUGUGAGGUUGGAGUGCUUGUGUGGCAUGUAGACCCUAACUCUGUCAUUACUCGUCCGUCUGCCUCCAACACACAGCUGCUGACUCGUCGAGGCCACACGCACGUGUCUGAUCUCGCAUGGAGCCCUCAGGGGGACCUGCUAGUCAGUGGCAGUGCCCGAGACCAGACCAUGUAUGUGUGGGCUGUAGGACUAGACAAUGCUGUACCUCUCAAGAGAGUGGGUGGUGGUGGAAUAAGUCUAGUGUCUUGGUCACCUGACUCUCUGAAACUGUUUGCUGCUACUACCAACAUGGUGUUCAGGGUGUGGGAGACGUGUCAGUGGAAUGCUGAUCGCUGGGCGUUGACAGUUGGUCGUGUGGUGUCUGCCGUCUGGUCUCCGUGCUCCUCUCUUGUUCUCUUCGCUGUGUCCCUGGAGCCUGUCAUAUACUCCCUGAUGUGCAGUCAGACUGCCGGCGUGUUCCAGGAGGAGGACCGUCGGGCUGCCACUCCCUUGAUAGACCUCACCCCGGUGGAACUCGACAACGGAGAAAGGGUGGGAGGUGAAGUCAGCAGUCUGGCGUGGGACAAGAAGGGACGUUACCUUGCAGUUAUGUUCAAACAGUGUGAUAUCAUAGCUGUGUUCAUGACUUCUCUAGGUCAUACUCUGCAUGUGUCACCUUGUUGCUUUAUCAAAGGAGUUGCUAACGAGUCACCUGCAGUUAUUUCAUUCCAGAACAACUUUAAUGAUGGUGCUAACCUCACAAUUGGUUGGUCCAGUGGCCGAGUCCAGUACUUCCCCAUCAUCUACUCGGAGCUGGAGUCCCAUGACAGGAGUUAUGGAAACAUUACAAACUACGAUUUACCAAACGUCUCUUCCUACGCAUCUCCCUCGGCGUUCCAUGAUUACACUUUAAAUUGAUUCUUUGCUCACCUUUAGUCUUGUACAUU